AUGUAUCUCACUGACGCCUCGGACGCUAUUCGUUGCAAAGCCUUCCCGACUAUCUUAACAAAGACAGCAAUUAAGUGGUUCGAUACUCUGCCUCCCAGAUCCAUCACAACUUUUGAUGACUUAGCCAAAAAGUUUCUUGCUAGAUUCUUCAUUCAGAAGGACAAAGCCAAACACGCUUCGAGCCUAUUAGGAAUCAAGCAAGGAGAUCAGGAGAGUCUUCAAAGCUACAUGGAAAGAUUCAACAAAGCAUGCCUAGACAUAAAAAGUCUACCAACAGAAGCAGCCAUUAUGGGUGUCAUCAAUGGUCUGCGAGAAGGACCCUUUACUCACCCCAUAUCAAAGAAACAUCCAACAUUCCUGAAUGAAGUGCAGGAACGAGCCCAAAAGUACAUUAACAUGGAGGAAAACUCUCGAUUAGGAGAAACCUCAAAAUCUAAAUUCUCCUACUCCUCCCGGGAUAAGGAUAAAGAGUCCAAGAAAAAAAAAGAUCAAUACGGCGAGAAGCCUAAAAAAUACAACAAUUACACCCCCCUUCGGGUGUCUCUUGUGGAUGUUUACCGAGAAGUAUGCAAAAAAGGAGGAGGAAAUCAAACAGAAUACUGUGAAUAUCACCAAAUCUAUGGACAUCCUACCAAUGAGUGUUUCGACUUAAAAAAUGUUAUUGAGGAAUUGGUAAGAGAAGGACGACUAGAUUGGUAUUUAGCCAACAAAUCGGAUGAGCCCCGAAAAAGAAGAAGGGACGAAGAGGUCGAAAGAGGAGAACGACCACCUCGCACCCCGGAGAGACACGUUCAUAUGAUAAAUGGAGGAUUCGCAGGAGGGGGAUCCCUAAAUCAUCUCGCAAAAGGCACCUUAAAGAAGUAUAUCAUGUCGAGGGAGGAGAAGGAUCACCCGAGAUCCCUACUAUUACUUUCACCUAAGAAGACGCGGCAGGCAUCAUCCUGGGACAUGACGAUCCUAUGGUCAUCACUAUCAUAUUGGCCAAUGCUAACCUCUACCGCACACUGGUGGACCAAGGAAGCUCGGUGGAUAUCUUGUUUAAACCCGCCUUCGAUAAACUCGGUUUAUGGGAGAAAGAACUCAAAGCGUAUCCAAACAGCUUGUUUGGACUACGAGACACUCCAAUCCAACCGUUGGGAUACAUCUCACUACACACAACCUUCGGAAAAGGAACCCGAUCAAGGACACUAA